AUGACAAACACAUCACCAUCCAAACCUGGUGUUACACCUCCAACCAAGCUUCAAUUAGCCCUAGCAUUGGCUGUUGUCAGGCGAAAGCCACCAGGCCAAAGCGUGAAAGAAUACAUUUUGCAGAUUCGACAGUUCAUUAAAAAGACCAAAGAUUUGGACCAAGUUGAGGCGACAGAGAAGUUCUUCGAUAGCGUCUCCUUCUGGCAACAAGCGUACGAACGGUCCGAGGAAGGACAGAGCAAGCUGCAAGAUCAUGUCCAUGAGCUGAACCAGCGUAUUGAAGUCCUUCUUGCCAAAGUGCGUGUCAAAGUCAGUGCAAAUGACUAUGAGAACUUGCCGGCAAACAAACGCAAGGCGCCUGCUGUUGGCAAGCAUUCGAAUGGCUCAAAUAUGGCUAGGAAACGCACAAAGCUACCAAAGAGCAUGCAGAAAAGCAUCCCAUUGAUGGAUGAUGACGAUAGUUCAGGAGAAGAAGAUGGCUUGUGUCUCAACAGGCAGUUGCAUACCGUCCAAAAAGCUCUGCAAAGAAAGGCAAACGGCAGUUCCGAGACCAAUUCUUUAUCUCUUGAGGCAGUGAUCCUCUGCAAAUCUGCAGAGCAGAGACUGAUCCAAACGACCCAGAACAAGACAAGCAUGACAGAGGAGGAACCUUCCCAAACCGAGCAGCCCAAUAUGCCGGAUACAGAUGCUGUUAUGAAUGGAGUGACAGUUGCUUUCCAUCUCACACACAAAGCGUUGCACAAAAUGGUCGGGACUGAGAAUGGCAGACAGCACCAAGGUCAGGUCAUUUACUACUUAGUAGGUCUGUUCGAAUCAACCAUGACAGCACUCACUCUGCAUUGCACUGCAAUAUCUAGGCAAAACGCAAUCGCCAAAAACACCAAAUUCGGUAGAGACCCAAAGUCCGCCACGCAAUCUGACGAACAAAACAAAAAUACAAAAGAGAAGAGCUCACCUACUAAGAAUGAGAUAAUCUCUCGCCUCGCAGACUUGCUCUGCACGAUGGCACUCUCCCUCAAUCUAACUCGUAUUGAAGACCAAGAAGUAAUGGAAGGGUAUCUCUAUCUUGUCCUUGAUCGCAUGGGCAAAAUGCUAGCUCUCCACGUGUUCCAUGACUUGCGAUUGCCAAUGGGAAUCUGCCCUGGAAUGACAUUCCCGGAUGGACUGGAAGCAAUGACUGACGAGGGUCUGAUGCCAAACGAGGCCCAACUCGAAGCCAAGUAUCUCAUUCGACUUCUGGAUAAAAUGCUUAAUGCUGAAUCCCGUCAAUCGCCCCUCGAGGGAUCGGCUACUCGUCAUUUUGUCGCGAAUGCGAGAGAUCGUCUACAGAAGACUCUCCUCCGGGCUGUAUUCGGACCUGAUGAUCACUUGUUUCGGGAGGGUCUGCGGCGUCCGCGUACUCCGCCUCCUCAGAUAGUUGAUGGUCAGCAUAUGGAUCAGGAGAAGUUCCCGGAUUGGAUUACACAGGAGCUGUGGCGGAUCGUUGGUUGGGAUGUGUUGAGAACUGCGCUUGCUCCGACCUGA